AUGCCAUCAAUUCCAAAAACUGAAAUUCAUUUAAACGUCUAUGAUUUAGUGGACAAUAAUAAUUUGUAUGUUUACGGACUGGGGAUAUAUCACAGUGGUUUGCAAAUUGGAGGGACUGAAUAUACAUUCGGAAGAGAAGGAGCUUUUGAACAUGAACCAAAGAAGGCUCCUGCUGUGCCUUUACGUGAUAGUAUUUUCUUGGCAACAAUUGAACUUCCUCGUGAUAGAAUUGUUUCGAUCGUUGAUGAAGUAUCAAAGGAAUUCAAUACACAAAAAUACCAUUUAUUGAAUAGAAAUUGUAAUCACUAUGCUAAAGCACUUUAUGAAAGAAUUAUUGAUAGAUGUGGAAGAAUUGCAAAGGAAAAGUCAACUCCAAUACCAGGUUAUGUCAAUAGAAUGGCUUGGUUAGGAUCUAAAUUCAGAUGUUUAAUUCCACCUGACAUUAUAAAUACUGCUGUUCCUAGCUCAGCUGAAGGCACUGAGACUGCAGACGAGGCUUCAUCAACUGGAGCAGGAAGUAAGUUUUCUGCUUUCCAAGGAUCGGGAAGAUCUCUAUCUGCAAGAGAAGAGCCAAAGAAGAGCAGUAGUGGAGGGUUGUUCAAUUCCAUGUUUUCAAAAGAUCAAAGCCAGGAUAUUGAAAUUCCAGCAUACUAUGAAGAUUCUGCAGAAAGUAGAAGAGAAAGAAUGUUGAAAGCUGCUGAAAAGAGAAUGUCUUCCAAGACUGACUAA